AAUGUCCAACCUAUAACCCUUCGUUAGGAGGUUAAUUCAAUUUAUUAUUAUGAAUUUAACCAUUUGAUUGUUAUUAUAUUAUUUUUUUAUUGCGAACAUAAGCAGCAAAACAUCUGAUAAACACAACUUGAAUUUUGAUUAUUUUUACAAAUCAAUUCAACAACUUUAUCUGUAAUGUGGAGGUUUGUCUAGAUCCAGAACAAUUAUUUCGAAAAAAUUUUGAAAAUGAGAAGUCGUAAGGGUGUUUCAUCAGAAUUUUCAUCUGUAGAGUUUGAAGAUACUAGAAAAGAUGAGAGAAAACAAAAAUAUCCUCUGCACACUUUUCCAUAUUACUAUGGCAUAUUGUUUUGUGUUUUUCUAAUAUUAUUACUGAGAUUUAUUGUUUUCUUGGAUCAGAAAUUGCCCAUUCCUUUGAAAAAAGGAGAUGAGGUUCUACAUCCAGAUCGAUUCAUAGCUGAAAGAGCUCAAGAGGAUCUGAAAUAUCUGACUGAUUUAGGACCCCGAGUUGUAGGCUCAUAUGAAAAUGAGGUUCUCACAGUAGAAUUCUUGAGAAAGCAAAUUUUUGAUAUAAUUCAUGAAGCACAUCCAAGUCAAAAGAUUGAACUUGAUGUACAAGUUGUUAGUGGAUCAUAUUUUUUAGGUUCUAAACCUACUGGAAAAAUAAAUAUGUACGCCAAUAUCCAAAAUAUUGUGGUUAAGUUAUAUGGACAAAAUGAUAAUAACAGUUUAUUGUUGAAUGCACAUUUUGAUUCUGUUCCUACUAGUCCAGGAGGAAGUGAUGAUGGUAUAAACUGUGCUGUUAUGCUAGAAAUUCUUCGAAAAUACUCAAAACAUGGAACUCGUUUCGUGCACAAUGUGAUAUUCCUUUUUAAUGGUGCUGAAGAAUCAGGUUUACAAGCAAGCCAUGGUUUCAUAACUAAACAUAAAUGGGCUAAAGAAAGUAAAGUUAUCAUCAAUUUAGAAGCUGCAGGAUCUGGUGGUAAAAUAGUUAUGUUUCAAACUGGGCCAAACAAGGUUUGGUUGAAUGAGGAUUAUGGAAAAGUUCCAUAUCCAAGAGGACAGGCUGCUUCAGAAGAGUUGUUCCAAUCUGAAGUAAUUCCAUCUGACACUGAUUUUAGGGUAUUUAGAGAUUUUGGGAACAUGGUUGGUAUCGAUAUGGCAUUUGUUAAAGAUGGUUACCGUUAUCAUACAAAAUAUGAUCGAUUUGACAAUAUACCUUUGGGAUCUUAUCAGCAUGUAGGAGAUAAUGUUAUGUCCCUUGUAAAAAAUAUGGCAAAUAAUCCAGAAUUGGGAAAUGAAAAUGCAGAGUCUGGAAAAGUGGUAUUUUUUGAUUUGUUUGGGGGAUAUUUUGUAUCCUAUAACACGUCAACUGCUGUUAUUCUCAAUCUCAGUAUAUUUGUUCUAUCAUUGCUGGUCUUCCUCCUAAGUUUAAGAAGAUUCAAUUUAGGGAUAACGGUGAACACAGUUUUGUACUUCAACCAAAUAUUUGCAGUAACUCUUUUUGGUUGGUUACUGUCAUUUUUGACCAUUAUACUUUUAGCAUAUGUUAUUGAUUUAUUGGGCUAUGGGAUGAGUUGGUAUGGGCAUCCUUGGUUGGUAUUGGGUCUUUUUGUAAUUCCUACAAUUAUAACUUCUACACCAAUGUUACUACUAAUUCGACCUAUGCAUAUCUCUCAAAAUGCGAAUUGCUUCAUACAAGCUCAGAUUAUACGAUUGAUUUGGAGUUUUAUCAUGUUAGUGAUAACCUUAUUAGGUGUAAGGACAACAUAUCCUUUGUUAAUGGUUGUUUUAUUUGAUACAUUGGCUUAUGUUGUGAUACUUGCUAUGGGUUUGGAACAUUCAGGUUCAAAAUGGAAAAUUAUUUAUUUAACAAUUUCUCUAAUACCUACUUCUUUCUCAAUGAGCAUUGCUAUUGAAUUGUUCGAUUUUUUCAUCCCAUUGACUGGUAGAAUUGGUAGCAAUAAAAUACCUGAUAUUAUCAUAGGAUUUGGCUGUGUCUUUGCAACUUUAUUGACUUUAACCCCAUAUUAUUUUUUAAUUUCAACUUUAAAUAAACCAAAGAAUUUUUACAAAAUACUUGCAGCCGUCUUUGUGGGUUGUUUUAUGAUUGUUUUUACACCUUUCGGAUUCCCAUAUUCAGGGGACUAUAAAUCACCAACACCCCAGAGAUUUUGGAUUAUGCAUAGCCAGCGAGUUUUUCAUGGAGAAGAUGGUGGAAUCAUUAAAAAAGAUUCUGGUUAUUUCUUUUUGAAUAUGGAUAGGAAUUCUCCAAGGAGUGUUGCUAAAUAUGUUGAUGAUUUGAAAAGGACGGCAGACCUAGAAUCUGAUUGUAAAAAUUUUCUUUUAUGCGGUUUGCCUUUAGCACAUCCUAAAAUGUGCGAUGUUGUGAGAUACAGUACUUGGAUUCCUGCAUCGUCACCAAUUAUUCCCGAUCCUGUUAAUUUGAAGAUACAUUCGAAAACAGAAAUUUCACCAACAUUGAUUCGAUAUAAUCUGACAAUUUCUGGUCCUGAUCGAUUAAUGUUUUAUUUAUCUCCCAAGAAGAACUUGAAUCUACAUAAAACAAGUCUUUUAGAUAAAAUGGGUCAUCAAGUAUUUUGGAACGAUCGCCCGUAUUAUUUUUUCGUGUAUGUUUGCGGAAAAGAAGUAACACCGGUGAAUGCUCUUUUCGAUAUUGAGGUUCCCGAGAAUCAUACUGGACCAACAAUGGAUAUAGCAGUGUCAGGAAAUUAUGUGCACCCCAAGAAGUUCAGAAUGACGCAGGAUUUUUCCAAAUUUCUAUCCAAAUUUCCAGAUUGGGCUGAUUUAACUGCUUGGGUGGCGAAUUACCAAUCUUGGGUUAUAUAAGACUGAAUAUAAGGACUUAGUGAAGAACAAAUUUAUGGGAAAAGACAUGUAAAUUACAUUUAGGAAAUGUCCCUUGAGGCAUAUUGUAUAUCAACAUUUGCUUAGAAUUUUUAAGCAUUCCAUUUCGCUAAUACUAAUGAAAUAUAUUAUUUUGAAAAUAACAUUUUUAUAGAGUUUUUAUUUAUAGUGGAAAUUGCGUAUACAAAGGAAUUAAAAUAUCAUCUUUUA